AUGGAUUCCUUUGACCGUCUCAACCAUCUCACUCAGCCUGCGGUUAAGAAUCUUCCCAAGCUAGAACAGCCCGCCGCUGUCUACACUCGCUAUGCCGUCAAGAGCGAGGGGGAUGCUUCCGUUAGCGCAUCCAACGCGACCGUGCAGACCAAGAUUUGGUUCAAAUCGCCGCCACUCACCACCCUAACCCUCCGUAUGAUUCGCGCGAUUAAACUCUUCGCAGAGUCGCACGAUCAAGGGGGCGUCUCCGAUUUGGAGAAGGGCAACUGGACCUGGCUCGAGCUAGUCGUCCUCGACAACAAAGACGCGACGUCUCCUAAGAAGGACCGCAAUGGCAAGGAGCUUGUCGUCACAAGCCACUCCAACAAAGUCAGUUCCUCAGCCUACGAGUGGAUGCAGGGCGAGACUUUUGACGCGAGCCGCCACUUUCUGAAGUCGCUCGAGGCUGGAAAUGUGAUCGCAGUCCGGCUUUGCGCUCGCUUCGGUGGUUGGGAGAUCUUUGCGAGGAAUGGACACCUCGUUAUUGACAUUAGCGAUGACAACACGCUCGAGCUCUCUUUGUUCAUUCGAGCCGUGAAGGUCUUCCAGAGCCUCCCUCCUGACGACCAACUCUCGUUCUACCGCAUCGCCGGCAUUCACGGCUAUCCCUACAAUGUUUCGUGGAACAUGGGUGAAGCGCCGAUCCCACUCGAUGCCGCGGACAUCAACACCCGGAAGAAGGGGAAUGAGGGUGGUUUCUACUGCCAGCAUAACAAUUACUUAUUUCCCACUUGGCACCGCGCGUACAUGAUGCUAUUCGAGCGACGAGUCAGUGACCUCAUGAUGGAAGAAGCUGUGACUCGUGGCAAGGAAAACAAGCAAUGGGUUUCUGCUGCAAGCCGUUGGCGUUUGCCCUACUGGGACUGGGCUGUGAAGCCGCGUCUUCCCGAAAUAGCCCGUGACGAGAAGAUUUCCAUCGUCAGCUCUUGGAACGGCCAGGGCCAACCCCAGUAUGAAAGCGUGGAUAACCCCAUGUAUCGAUUCCAGAUGCCUGGCCACAAGCCAAUGGGCGAUGACACAUACGGCGACUACCGCAUCGACAACAAGGAAGAUACCCCGUGGGAAUUGUGCAUUGGCACCAGCCGCCACGGCAUCACACUCCGUGACAAAGAGCGAAAGUGGGUUGAGGGAGUGUCCAACAACGAGCAAGUGGACUUGUCCCUGCAGGGCGUUCACGAAGACCUGAACAACCUCACGCUCAAGGACGCCGUCUUUCGCCUGCUUACGCACGAUUACACCACUAAAUACGUGCACUUCGCUUCUACUAAGCAUGACGAGGAAAAGCUGGAGAAGGCACCGGGAGACACUGCCAAGGGUUAUCUCAACCUAGAGCAGAUUCACAACAGUGUCCACGACUUCAUUGGCGGCAGUACAGAUCGUGCUGGUAUGGGCCACAUGGGCUCAGUCCCAGUGGCCGCAUACGACCCCGUUUUCUGGCUGCAUCAUUGCAAUAUUGACAGACUGCUUCACUUGUGGCAAUGCUCCAACCCGGGCAACUGGUUCCACCAGAAACCGGGCCAAGUGGUCUCCGACAGCCCUCAGAAAGAUCUUGUUCCCUUCCAUGCUUCAACUGAGCCCGAUGACUUCUUCAAUUCCAACAAAGUGCGCCAUGUUGAUGCGCUUAACUAUACCUAUGACUACAUGGAUCAGAUCACCGAUGAGUUUGGAGACAUGAUUCCGGAGAAGAGCCACGUCUACAUCAACAAGCUGUACGGGCCCCCAGCACAGGCCUUCCAACAUCGCGAAGAGUCAAAAGAUCCUCUCAUCAAUAUCGUCUACAACCGCUACUGUUUGAGCGGCAAAUCAUACACCUUGCUCUUUUUCCUUGGCGAGGUUGACCACAAAGCGCCAUACAACCAACAGAAGAAUCUUGUCGGCAGCAUCUUCACAUUCAGCACUGCCCUCAAGGAGGACGCCAUUACCUGCAAGAACUGCUAUGAACAGAAGCGUGCCAAUGUCCUGUCUCGCGCCCAAGUCCCGCUCACGCGUGCCGUGCCCAUCGAGUACCGUGAGAAGUCAGCAACGGCCAUGAGCUAUUUCCAGAAAUAUCUCAAAUGGACUGCCAUCAAUGAAACUGGCAAGGUGAUUGCCAGGGAGAAGUUGACAGACCUGAAGAUCACACUAUUCAUUGGAGUGAAUCAGCUUCAAGGCAGUUUGGGCAGGGAGUCAUUGUUCAAGUUUGAUGAUUAUGAGAGACAGGAGUUCAACUGGGAGAGUGCUUAUUUUGCUGGCGCGGCUCAGUUUGCAGGCUAG